AUGUUCCCACGCCCUUCCCGCCUCUGCCGCCUCAUCAUCUUCUUAUGUGUCACAAUCUUUGUGGCCACAGCCAUGUAUGUGGUAUCUCUGGACAUGUUAGGCAAGGAUUACAUCGUACGAUUUGGACCACACAUGAAAUUCAAAAGUACAGGGGAUAUCAGCUACACGUCGGGAUUUCUACUUCAUCCAUAUCAUGACAGUAAGCAACCAUUAUCAGAGAUUCAAAAACCACUGUAUUCAUCUUUCAGGAAAAAUGGACUACUUUUUCACGAAAUUGUAAUGGGAACGUUUGACAAGAAUGCCAUUCUUUCAACUAAUGCCGACGCUGACAUGUCAAAAGAUGCGAAUAACAUCAAUAGUCAUAAUUUCGACUAUAUACACAACCCGUACCAGAUAUGUGAAGGAAAUAUAACGUUUCUGAUUUACAUUCAUUCUGCGCCUGAAAAUCUCAAGAAACGACAAGCAGUUCGCCAGACCUGGGGACACCCUAAACUGCUCUCACUUUACAAUGCGACAGUAAUGUUUGUGUUAGGUCGUGCCCUAGAUCCUUCUAUUCAGAAUCUGAUAGACAUGGAAGCUACACAGUACGGGGAUAUUCUGCAAGAGAAUUUUAUGGAUUCAUACAGGAAUCUGACAUAUAAAGGUCUGGCCGGGCUCAGGUGGGCUGGACAUUUCUGUGCAAAGACGAAUUUUUUGUUAAAAACGGACGAUGAUAUACUGUUAGACAUCAUAUCUUUCAUGGAACACUUGUACACAAGAGUACUCCCAGCUCGUGAAUCCCACACACAGCUGGUUCUAUGUAACGUCUGGUCGAGAAUGAAGGUCAUCCGCGACUCCAAGUCCAAGUGGUUUGUGUCUAGACAGGAGUUUCCAGACGAUUAUUUUCCCACCUACUGUUCAGGUUCCGCAUUUCUAUUAAGCGGAGAUUUAAUCCAAACCCUCUACCACACAGCCCUGCAGACUCCCUUCUUCUGGAUUGACGAUUAUUAUGUUACCGGUAUGUUGGUGAAUAAGCUGAAGAUACAGCACACACGCCUGAAUUCUGCCUACUUAAUGGAUCCUAAAGAACUCAUGAUAUUCCAUGUGAAAAAAUUAAGUCUCUUUCUCAAACUUUGGCCUGUUCUUCUCCAAAGACACAGCGGGAUGGAGAAAUACAUCGAACCUGUAGAUGUGUUUUCACAUUUUAUAAACAGACAAAGCCUUCUAAAUAUAAGUACAAGUGAUGGGGUCAGGGAUGUGAUACAGGAGAACAGCGGAUUGAAUAGUCCCAGUCAAGUUCAUAAGAGGACCAGCUUCGGCGUCACCUAG